AUGGGAUUCACGUCUGGAUCGAGCCAUUCCGAUUCAGACGACCUACCCUACCUGUCUGUCGACCUCUCCAACCAUGAGAAGGGCUCCGCUCGGUUCCCCAACAACCCCGGCAAGGACAUGCUAAAAAACAAGGGAGACUUCUGGAAGUUCAGUCUCAAGAGCGACCUCAAGCUGAAAAAGAGCUGCAUCACCAAGGCCGACAUUAACAAGAUCGUCGUGCACAAUGGAGGAAACGACGGAUGGAAGAUUGAGUCCAUCUUCACCAUCCUGCGUUCCGGGUGGUAUUACACUGUCGUGACGGCCGAUGUCGGACUCAACACAAUCGUUGAUGGGAAUCCAGUGGGGACGAACUCCUUCCACUAA